CCAGACAAGACCAAGACAACAUAACGAUCGCUUGGGAUUUUUCAUUCACUUUCUGGUAAUCAAAGCGAACAGACGCUCUACGCUCCACGAUCAACGCUCCAGCUUUAGAGCUUCUUAGAGCUACAUAUUUGUAUACCUACUAGCUUAAGCUGGGUAGAUCUCUUUCGGGUUCCAAAAGUGCGCUCUUAGAGGUAAAACAUACUAGGUGCUUUCAUUUUCAUCUAUAUCCGCCGCAUUUCAACAAAUCAAACAUAACUAAAAACUGUAUAAACUGUCAAGAGCGCCAUUGGUGAAGUUAACCCUAAGUGACAUUGUUAUUUUUAUUUUAGAUGUAUAAAGUAAAUCGUAUUGGAAUUCAUUUAAUCAUUCCUCGUGUGAUCGUCUGUUCCGUUGCGUCUUGUUGUCGCAUCGUCGCUGUCGUGUCUUUUGUGUGCUGGCUCACCUGUUAACCGGGAAAGGCUAAAUAAAUUAAAAUAAGGAAUUAUAACUGUCGAAAUGUCGCUUAAAAAUAUUAUUUAAAUAAUUUAUUUUUUGUUUCUUACUUGUUUGUUUUCUUUGUAUUAUUAAGUUUCGUUUCGAUCACUCAAAAUUAAAAGUGUUAAGUUUUAAAAAGGGUUUAAAAGCUUAUUUACUUUAAAAACGCUUAUUGAAACCAAAAUAUCCCAUUUUACAGUUAAAAAUCUUGUUAAAUGUUUAAAAGUUGUUUAUGAAAUUGGGCAUCAGAGACUUAAAUAAAAUAAUUAAAAAUACAAAAUGCGUUCACCACAUGGUGUUCUGUUUUCUAAAUUUUAGUGACUUUGAUUGUUUUGUGUUGUAGCCGCGCUUCUUCAAAUUUAAUAAAAAAAGUAAAAUCGAAGACUUUACAAAAUUGCAGUGAUAUUUAAAAAUUUAAUAGUAUGGGAGAACAACCAGCAUGGGGAGUAAAAAUAUCGAAUUGUUUCAUAAUACCCCAGCGGGUAAUUUUAUCUAUUAUGGGCUUCUUAGCAAUUCUAAAUGCAUACACGAUGCGAAUUUCUCUCUCAGUAGCCAUCACCCAAUUGGUUGUUGCCAAAAAUCACACAGGUUCCAAUCAUAAUGAGGGUGUUUGUCUGCCUGAUCCACUUGAACCAGGCGAAGAAGUCGUUCCUCAUGGUGGUGAAUAUAAUUGGUCAGAAUCACAUCAGGGAUUAAUUUUGUCCUCAUUCUACUGGGGUUAUAUAAUAACUCAUAUUCCCGGUGGAAUAUUGGCUGAAAAAUUCGGUGGAAAAUGGACUCUAUGUUUGGGAAUUCUAUCGACAUCUGUUUUCACUUUACUCACUCCAUUGGCUAUACGUCUGGGAGGAUCAUAUGCUUUAAUUGUUGUUCGUGUUUUGAUGGGUUUGGGUGAAGGAACUACAUUCCCGGCCUUGAGUGUACUCAUUUCAUCAUGGGUGCCACUAAAAGAGAGGAGCAAAUUGGGAGCUUUAGUGUUGGGUGGUGGACAAGUUGGUACCAUUUUGGGUAAUUCGAUAUCUGGAUUGUUGUUGGACGCAUAUGAAUGGGAUUAUACAUUCUACUUCUUUGGUUUAAUGGGAGUUAUUUGGUUCUUAAUUUUUACUGUUCUUUGCUACAGUGACCCUGGAUCUCAUCCUUUCAUCAAGCAAUCCGAAAAGGAAUAUCUCAUCCGAGAAAUGGGUUCAAUUGAUCGUAAAACUGACCUACCACCUACACCAUGGAGGAAAAUACUUACCAAUGCUCCAAUGAUUGCAUUGAUCUUCGCACAAAUUGGUCACGAUUGGGGCUUCUACAUUAUGGUCACCGAUUUGCCCAAGUACAUGGCUGAUGUCAUGCAGUUUUCUAUUAAACAAAACGGAAUCUACUCAUCACUGCCAUAUCUGAUGAUGUGGAUUGUAUCGCUUCUUUCUGGAGUAUUUUCGGAUUGGUUGAUAACAAAGGACAUCAUUCGCAUCACAAAAUCGAGGAAGAUGUUUACCUCAAUUGCUGCAAUUGGGCCAGCAAUAUUUAUUGUGGCUGCCUCGUACGCUGGUUGUAAUAGACUCGCAGUUGUGGUGUGCUUUACAAUUGCCAUGGGUCUCAUGGGUACCUUUUAUGCUGGCAUGAAGUUGAACCCUCUCGACUUGAGUCCCAAUUACUCAGGAACUUUGAUGGCCAUUACGAAUGGAAUUGGUUCUAUAACUGGAAUUAUAACACCAUAUCUUGUAGGAGUAAUGACACCCAAUGCAACACUUCUUGAAUGGCGUCUAGUAUUCUGGGUGGCAUUUGCUGUAUUAGUAUCAACUUCGAUUGUCUAUAUGAUAUGGGCUUCAGGUGAAAUUCAAGACUUCAAUGAUUAUCGACCAGAAAAAGAAAUCGAAGCCGAACAAGGUGGUCGAAAAAAGAGCACCAAAUAAUAAUUUAAAACAUAAAAUUAUUUCAAUAAAAGCUCAUUAUCUUUAGUCUUCUCUUUUCCAGUUUAUUUGUAGGGUUCUUAUGAAUAAACAAAAAGAAAUUUGUAGCCUUAAAAUAAUUCAUAGUAAAACCACAGGUUGGAACUUAAAAAAAAACACACACAAUUAAGUAUAAAACAAAUUUAAAGCUUUCGGCUGCAAUAUGCUUAUGCAUAUUUAUAUUAUUUAAAUUACUGUAUUAAAAUACCUUAUUGCAUAAAUUUUUGUUAUUAUUUUUUAUUAUUAUAUUAACUUUGUUACAAAGUGUGUAGAGUUUUAGUAUUUGAUUACCUUCAGACUUUAACAAUAAGAUAUUAUUUAACUAAACAAAAAAAACAUAAAUUGUAAAUAUAAUGCUUGCCUUCUCAUGUUAUUAAGUAAAUAAAGAGAUUAGUUAAAAAAAAAUAAACAACACACCAAAAGUAAUGUACUACAUUUAAAAAAAAAAAAUUGUUCACUUUUGUAAAAUAUAUUCUAAUUUUGUUAAACCUUAGAAAAUAACCGAUUUUAGUUAACUAAUAGGAAGAAACAAAACAAACAAAAGAAUAUCGUUAUUGAUGUUCUACAGUAUGAGUAUUUCGCAAUUAAUAUAUUUGUUUAUAAAAUGCAUGCUAAGUAAAACGACAAAAAUACAUAAAUAAAUAAAAUUGAUUUAAUACUGCAAA